GGGGCUCGAGGCGCAGCGGCAGGGGCAACGGGCUGCAGGGACUAGAGUCGACAACAGAAGCUCCGAGAGGAAGGCCGGCUACUGGGACCUGCCGAAGGGCCGGGAGCACUGGGGGAGGGCAGGAUCGGAGGGCACGGACGAGCCAGGCUAGUGCCCAGAGGGCGUGGGGAAAGGACACGAGUCAGGAGCAACGCGCAGGGCUGGAGCAGCCGCCUGGGGACCAGACAGGAAGAUGCCCGGGGGCCUGGGCGCGCCCUCCUCUCCCGCAGCUCCCCCAGGCUCCUUUCCUGCCGCGCCGUCGGGGAUCGCUGCAUGCCCGCCGUCCCCGCACCUCCUGGCCGGGGAGUCUCCACGGGCCUCCGGUCCCCGGCGCGGUGCCAGCGUCCCGCAGAAGCUAGCGGAGACUCUGAGCAGCCAGUACGGGCUGAACGUAUUCGUGGCGGGGCUGCUGUUCCUGCUGGCCUGGGCGGUGCAUGCGGCGGGUGUGGGCAAGAGCGACUUGCUGUGCGUGCUGACCGCACUCAUGCUGCUGCAGCUGCUCUGGAUGCUGUGGUACGUGGGCCGCAGCUAUGUGCAGCGCCGCCUCAUCCGCCCCAAGGACACGCACGCGGGUGCGCGCUGGCUCCGUGGAAGCAUCACACUGUUCGCAUUCAUCACCAUCAUCCUGGGAUGCUUGAAAGUUGCAUACUUCAUUGGAUUUUCAGAGUGCUUGUCAGCCACGGAGGGAGUUUUCCCAGUCACCCACGCCGUGCACACCCUGUCACAGGUCUAUUUUCUCUGGGGCCAUGCUAAGGAUAUUAUCCUGUCUUUCAAAACAUUGGAAAGGUUCGGGGUGAUCCACUCAGUGUUCACAAAUCUGCUGCUGUGGGCCAACAGCGUCCUGAAUGAGUCGAAGCACCAAUUGAAUGAGCACAAGGAACGGCUUAUCACCCUGGGCUUCGGCAACAUCACCAUAGUUUUGGAUGACCACACACCACAGUGUAACUGCACACCACCUGCCCUCUGUUCUGCGCUCUCCCAUGGAAUCUACUAUCUGUAUCCCUUCAACAUUGAGUACCAGAUCCUGGCCUCCACCAUGCUCUAUGUGCUAUGGAAGAACAUCGGGCGCAGGGUGGACAACUCCCGGCACCAGAAGAUGCAGUGUAGAUUCGAUGGGGUCCUGGUGGGCUCGGUACUGGGCCUGACAGUGCUGGCUGCCACCAUCACGGUGGUUGUGGUGUACAUGAUCCACAUCGGGCGCUCCAAGUCCAAGAGCGAAUCGGCGCUCAUCCUGUUCUAUUUGUAUGCUAUCAUCGUGCUGCUGCUCAUGGGGGCCGCUGGGCUGGUAGGAAGCUGGAUUUACAGGGUGGAUGAGAAAUCCCUGGACGAGUCCAAGAACCCUGCACGCAAGCUGGAUGCGGACCUCUUGGUGGCCACAGCCUCGGGCUCAUGGCUCCUCUCCUGGGGCUCCAUUCUGGCCAUCGCCUGUGCUGAGACCCGCCCGACAUACACCUGGUAUAAUCUGCCCUACUCAGUCUUGGUGAUCAUGGAGAAGUAUGUCCAGAACCUAUUCAUCAUCGAGUCCGUGCACCGUGAGCCGGAGGGAGUACCCGAGGAUGUGCGCACUCUGCGCGUGGUCACUGUCUGUAGCGGUGAAGCCGCCACACUGGCUGCAUCCAGUCUCGGGAGCCAGGGGUUGGCUCGGGAUGCAUCGCCUGCAGUCAAUGGGAAUCUGUGUCUGCAGCAGGAAUGCGGUAAAGAGGACCAGGAGGCUGGCUGGGAAGGGGCUGUGGGCACAGCCCGAUGUCCGGACUUCCUGCAGGGUGGAGUCAAGAGGAGGCUUCUCAGAAACAUCACGGCCUUUCUGUUCCUUUGCAACAUCUCGCUCUGGAUCCCCCCUGCCUUUGGCUGCCGCCCCGAGUAUGACAACGGAUUGGAGGAGAUUGUCUUUGGCUUUGAACCUUGGAUAAUCGUGGUCAACCUGGCCAUGCCCUUCUCUAUUUUCUACCGGAUGCACGCAGCUGCUGCCCUCUUUGAGGUCUAUUGUAAGAUCUAGCUUGGGUCCUCAUGAAAGGAGAAGGGACACUGG